AUGAAGGCGUUCAACCUUCUGUGUAUGGUCGCGGCCAUGUCGGGUGCCCCGGCUUGGUCGCAUCGCCCCCCCGUGGAACUCACUGUCUGGGACCGUGGCGGAAACGAGUCCAGUUCGCUGUUGUAUGGAAUCAUGUUCGAGGUGACUAAUCAAACAGGCGAUGGGGGUAUCCACGGCCAACUGCUCCGAAACAAUGGCUUUCAGGGCGACGAGCCGGGUCUUCUGGCGUAUGCGCCCAUUGGCGAUGUGGAUAUCGACCAAGACUCGGACAAUCCUGUCAGCGACGCAAUCACCUCAUCGUUGAGACUCUCCGUGCUUGAGGGGGAAACUGCCUUUGUGGGGUUCGCGAACCAAGGCUAUAAUGGGGUGCCUGUGAUGAACGAGACCUAUACCAGCGAGUUCUGGAUGAAAGGCGACUAUGACGGCAACAUCACGUUGCAACUGGUUGGAUCUACGAGUGGGGAGGUAUAUGCCAACCAUAACCUGACGGUUCAUAGUACUGCGGACAAAUUUACGCAGUGGGAGACGACUUUCAACUCGACUGCGUCGCCAGAUGGUGAAAAUGAAUGGCGGUUGCUUGUGGAUGGGUACAAGGUGGCAGGACGAUCAAUGAAUUUUGGACUCGUUCAGCUGUUUCCCCCCACGUUUCACUCACGCAAAAAUGGCUUGCGGGAUGACGUCGCCAAAGUCGUGGAGGACCUCCGUCCAUCGUUCUUGCGCUUUCCAGGCGGCAACAAUAUUGAAGGUCUGGAAGUGAACAACCGGUGGAAAUGGAAUGAGACGAUAGGGCCUGUGGUGGAUCGUCCUGGACGGCAAAGCCCGUGGCAUGUCCCCAAUACAGAUGCUCUGGGCCUCGACGAGUACAUGUACUGGUGCGAAGACAUGGGUAUGGAGCCAUUUCUCAUCCUCUGGAACGGGAAAUCAUACGAUGAGAUCCUCUCGGGCCCCGACCUCGACCCAUACAUUGAAGACGCACUGAACGAACUCGAGUAUCUAACCGGACCCCCGGAUAGCAUAUACGGCAAGCUCCGCGUUCAGAACGGCCGCGAAGAGCCUUGGAAACUGACGUACGUUGGCAUCGGUAACGAGGAUGACUACACAGGUGGAUGCGAAACUAAUCCCGAACGCUUUACCCGAUUUUACAAUAUCCUGCGGGAGAAGUACCCCGAUCUUGUCUUGAUCAGCAGCACGAUGAAGCCAGAGUGUCUACCCGAGGAACUCCCGAAGCCUCUCAUCCUAGACCAACACUACUACCGCAAACCGGAUGAGCUGGUGGGUAUGUUUGACUACUGGGACAACCAGCCUCGGGACCAGCCUGUGAUUGUCGGCGAGUUUGGGGCCCGCAAUUUCACCGACCCCGAUGGCGUGUUCUGGACGUUCAUGCAGAUGGCGUGUAGUGAGGCGGCGCAUAUGAUUGGUAUUGAGCGGAAUAGCGACAUCAUCAAGAUGGCCGCCUACGCCCCGUUGCUGCAGCACUAUGGCUUCACGCAGUGGUCGCCUACGAUGAUCGGGUUGGACUCGAGCCCUGGCUCCCUCACCCUUUCCACGUCCUACUACGUGCAACAGAUGUUCUCGACUAACCGUGGCUCCACCAUCCUCCCGGUCAAUACAACGAGCCCUUUUGGACCCCUGUACUGGGGUGCGUCCAAGAACGACGAAUCAUACAUAGUCAAGCUUGCCAACUACGGGGACGAGGAGCAGACGAUCGCGAUCAAUGUGCCAGAAACGACGUCCGGGAGGUUGCAUAAACUUGAGGGCCCCAAGGAGACGGCCAACCUGCCGCACGAUGUGCAGAUUCUUCCGCAGAAGCAGGAAGUAGAUAAUCCGGAUGGAAUCUAUGAAGUCAAGAUGGCCGCGUGGGGCGUUGCCGUUUUGGUCGUAUCUUGA